AAUCACACCCGAAUAUUCCACUUGCUCGAUCUCUUCUCCCACGCCUCCGGCAACCGCCCAUUCCCAAAUUCCGAGGCGCACAGACAUCGAGAUCUCCCGGGCCACCACCGUGUCGACGCGCAGAAAGCGUAAUCCACAUCUCUCAUCGCCAUGGGGAGUUCACCAGCGGCGGAGGCUAGGCCGGGGACGGCGCUGGAGGAUUUGCCGGAGGAUGCGCUGCUAUCGAUCUUCGCCCUCCUCGCGCCGGCUGACGCCGCCGCCGCCGCCUGCGCUUCCCGCCGCCUCGCCUCCGUCGCGUCCUCCCCGGUGCUCCCGGUCGCCCUCGCGCUCCGCCUCGGGCUCCCGCCGCCACCACGCCCGCUCUCCCCCUCCGCCCCCUGCCCGGCCGCCGCGCGCCGCCUCCUCCGCUCCCUCCACCGCCUGUGCCGCCUCCUCGGCUUCUGGCGCCGACUCCCCUCCUCCCACUCCGCCUAUCAAUCCCACGCCCCCUCGCUCGCCGCCUUCGAGUGGGGCCCGCGCGCCACGCUCGCGGCCUCCUUCCUCUCCCCUUCCCCCCACGGCUUCGCCGUCUCCAAGACCCCCUUCGUGACGCUCUCCAUCGCCGAGUCCGGCGACACGGUGGCGGCGAUCGGGGACGUGCCGGUCUGCGUCAAUUUCGUCGGGAACAAUCACAUUGUGGUGGAGGCGGCGGCGGCGGAAGAUGAGGGGGAGGAGAUGGUGAGCGGCUCGCCACCGGAGGAGAUUUACGCGCACUUUGCGAACAGGAGAAGCCCUGGGGCCGGGAGGAGGCGGAGGGGCAGGCAGGGGAGGAGAUGGGGCGGGAUGGAGGCCGAACACUUUGUGAGGAUCGCGGAUGCCGAGCCGACUGAGGCGCGCCCGCUUCAGGGACUGUGGAAGGGUAUAUGCGAGAAUAGGACUCUGGAAUUUUACCUUGUCACCUAUGGUGACAUUGGUGGAGUAACUUGUCGACGAUUCAGUGAUACAAGGGGCCAAAAUUCUGGUUACUCCCCUGUAUUUUGGACUACAGAUACUACAUUUCUUGAACCACCAUUCUCUGAGCAAGAGCUGGUUAAUUAUAGUAGCCGCGAUCAUAUCCGAGAUGUGGCUUCCAGCCAUGCAGGCACUGAGAACAGGGUUAUCUCUCGGAUAUUGUGCAUGCAUUCCAGUUAUGAUGUGGUUGAUCCUCAUCUAUCGACUCCCUUUGAUGCAAGGAAUGUGGAGGGAAGGAUCUGGCUAUAUGAGGAUGGAACCUUUGGGUUUGGGUUUGUCGGCAGCAAUUCAAUCAUAGAACUGAGGAAUGUUUCCUCAGCUAGUUGUAUUCUUGAUACUUUACACUAAAUCUGGGUCUUGCUGGCACAUAAUUGUUGCCAGGGGAACCCUUGUACAGUACUUUUAGGAAAAAAUCAAUACUCGGCAUGAGGCACGAUGCCUCAGAUUGUUGUAAUCUUGAUUACAAGUCACUGAAUAUGGGUCCCUUCUGGCAUGUAAUUGUUGCUAGAAUACCCAUGUAUCCUGAUACUGCACCAAAUCUUGGUCUCCCUUCUGGCAUGUACUUGUUGCUAGAAUACCAAUGUACAUUGUUAUUUCUUCAUUGAAUUGCAAUAAAUUGCAACUGUUAGUUCUUCA